GCCUUAACCUACAUAUUACCCAAGCCUACUCACAGAGAAAUCACUGAUUCAGUUUGCCGGUAUUGGACGCUUGAGCCCUGGCAGCUGAGCUACGCGCCCUAAUCCUACAAGAACAAGAACAAGUUUGCCGAUCAAGGCUGUAAUUGCUAAAAAAAAAAAAAUGGGUGUGGAAGAUGAGGGGCAUUCUGGUGCUAACAGAGCCACCAGAUCAGCAGUUCGCUCCACACCAGAACAUGCUCCUUCCAAGCCCCGUGGUAAAGCUAGGAGGAGGAACCGCAAAAACAGGGUGAUCGAGAGUGACGAUGAGGAGAUGCCGGCGGCGCCCGCCGAGCCGGCCGACCCGCAGGAGCCUGCCCAGGAGGCGCUCCCGGCGGCGCCGGCCGCGCCUGCGCCACGCACGCCAUCGCCGCCGCCGCCGCCGGCUACAACACUGGACAUGGAGGCCGACAUCUCGAUGCUGGAGCCGGCCACGUUCACCACUAUUGACCGCGGUCCGCCCGAGCCCAUGUUACGGCUCAGCUGGAACCACAAGGUGAACCUGAUGGCAGAGAAGGUGCUGAACCCGCUCAUCUACAUGUGCGAAAAGUGCGACUGUCCCGUCCUGCUGUACGGCCGUAUGAUUCCGUGCAAGCACGUAUUGUGCUACGACUGUGCUAAGCCCCAGGAGAAGUGCUGGCGCUGCGGCGACCGUGCCGUGCGCGUCGAGCGCGCCGGUCUUGGCACGCUUUACAUGUGUCUGCACGACGGAAAACGCUACGACAACAACGGCUGCCGGCGCACCUACCUCAGCCAACGGGACCUGCAGGCGCACAUCAACCACCGGCACCGGCGGGCACCUCCCGCCCCGCGCACGCCUCCUCCGCCGCCUCCGCCGGCGCCGCCCGAGCCGCGACGACUGCCCGAGGAGAAACCAGCGCCGGAGCGGCGCGACCCGCGGGGCGGCGACGUCCGCGGCCACUCGUUCCCGUCCCCCUCGGCCGGCAGUCACAGCCCGCACGGCGGACACGCGCCGCGCGCCGCCGCCGCCGCCUACAAGUCCAGCCCGCACGCCGGCGCCCACCGGUCCAGUCCGCACGGCAGCGGGUCCAGGGGAUCGAGUCCGCACGGCGCCGGAUCGGUGGGAUCCAGUCCGCUCGGAUCUGGAUCGCAUGGAUCUGGCGGUCACCGUGGUCAUCAUGGCGGUGGACAUGGAUCACAUGGGUCACAUGGAUCGCACGGAUCGCACGGAUCUGGACAGGGAUCUCGCGGCUCGGGACACGGAUCUGGUGGUGGAUCCAGCCACGGAUCCGGCCACCACGGGUUUCCGCCGGCCAAGCAGGCGCCUCCGCCGCCGAAGCAGCAGCCGAUUCAGGUGAUCAGCUCUCAGCGCAGUGGCAACCUCAUCACGAUCCCGAUCCAGGGUCAGGAGCCGCCGCCGGAGCCGCCGCCGCCUUCCCACCCGCCGCCGGCGCAGCCGCAGUACACCGGGUACCAGCCGACGGCGGCCUACUCGACGCCCGGCUACGGCCAGCCGGAGCCGGCGCCCUACUACCAGAGCACGCCGCCGCCGCAGCCGGCCGGCUACAGCCGCGCGUUCCCGCCGCCGCAGGUGCCGCCGCCGGUGGUGCGGCCGGCGCCGCGCCAGUACCAGGCGCCGCCGCCGCAGCCGAGCCCGCCGGCCUGGCCCAGCCAGCCGCCGCCGCUGGGCAGGUACUACCGGUGAGCGCACCGCGAUAAUAUGGGGCGGGGUGGUGACGGGAGGGAGGGAGGGAGGCUACUCUCCACCAACAGCUGACGGUGGUCGGAUUUAGAUGGGAAGUUGAAGAGAGCGUUGUAAGUGAAAAUAACACUACGUGGCAUAAAUAUGAAGGACCUACAAUGAUAAUACAAAUAAUGAGAAGCCAUUUCGGUAGUGCUUGUUGCACAGUGAACGUUCAUUCAGAAAGGUCUGGUGACAGCCAGUAUAUUUUGUAAACGUUUUGUGUUAAGAAAAAAUGAUGACCAAGUCAGGGUUGGCAGAGGGUGGCAAAAACUGGUUUUUGCCAGUGGUUUUAACCGGUUUAAACCGGCUGGCAGAAACCAUGGUGGCAAAAACUGGCAGAAACUGGCAAAAACUCAAGUGGCCAAAACUGCGUUGCUUGCCUAAAAAGCAAUCGGUUGAAAUAUACAAAGUCAUGUCUGUCAUUGGGACCCAGUAAGCAUUGUCUCGCUAGUUUACCGCUGCUUAAAAUGUCUGUCGGUAGUCAAUAGAUGUCCACCAGGAAGUGCACUUUCAUGCAUCGCUGUUGGUGUGCUUCUGCACAUGAGCAUAUGCAGGAGUCGUUUCCGACCAGACCUCGAGAAUGGCUGGGUCGAUUGCGCUCAAAUUGGGACACCGUUAGGGACUGAUUAGUAGGGUGUCGUGCAUAGUCGGUCGGGGUCCAUUUUGCACAUGCGCACGUGCGGGGUGACGCUUCCAGAUUGGGAGAACGGCUACGUCGACUAAGCACAAAUUUGGCACUGACACUGUUAGGAACCGGUUCGUAGGGCUCGGUGCACAAGUCAGUGGCAGAUGCCCUUUCCCACUUCUUCAAUACUCGCCGCCCACCGGCGCACUUUCUCACUUUUCUCACCAAAAAGGCGCCUUAUCGGUUAAUUAUAGAGGACUCACGAAACUAUUUAACACUAAAAUGGUCAAGAUACCACUUCUGUUUGAAAGCAUAUUGUAUUGACUGAAUCCUACUUAAAACGUGUCCUGCUCAAACGCAUGUAGAGGCAUAGCGUUUUGACUGUUUUAGUUUUUGCCAGUUUUUGCCACUUUAUGCCGGUUAAAACCGGUUUAAACCGGCAAAUGGCAAAAACUAGUUUUUGCCGGCAAAAAUGCCAACCCUGGACCAAGUUAAUCUUUGGCUGGACGGCCAAGCCUUUGUGGUAGCCUUUACCGUCUGCGUUUGGGUCGCAGUCAGUACACGCCUUACGCUGGACUGCAAGGCGGACCGCAUUUGGUGACUUGUUAAAUGCUGUGGCGUGUCUUCCUGACUUGAUAGAUCUGUGCCUGUUGAUGGCUCCAUCCGUGGAGCUGCAAGAACGUUGGCUUUGGGUGGUGGACUGAUCGAAAUGAUGUGAUGCUAGCCGUGCCUUGGAAGCGAGUCGUGACAGACAUAGCGGUCUGAUCCGUUACCAUUGUCGGUGGCUUCGGCCUUGGGCCUUUCCAGUAUGCAUAAAUGCAGUGCAUUGCAUUCGCUUUUUGAGCCUUUGGCGUUUUGCCCGAUACGUUUCCGCCAUCUAACUGAUGGAAUUGCUGCGAUGAAACAGAAAUACAUUUUUUAGCUGCCCACA